UAGCGGGCUUUUGAAAACGAGAAACUGUUGUUAUGAUCAGGAACAUUUUGGAAACUAUUGCAAAGAGACUACCAAUGCACAGACUGUAAUAAUAGAGCCUACAGUCACGACUUUUCUUACGGAUGAAAUAUGGAUUUGAUGGAGUUCUCUAUGUCAGAGGGUAACGACACCCUAACCGGAGAUGAGAACUUUCUGCCUCCCAAGCUGAUGCAGACACCGGUGGUGGUCAACUCGAUCCUGAAGCCAUCCACCAAGGGCAACCUAAUGCAGCUCCACACACCCAAGCCUCAGCAGAAACAUCUCAAGGUGAAGUUUGAAACACCCCGCCCAGUGAAGGAGGUCACGCCAACACGCUAUGAACAGAUCGCUGAUUUGGAUGAGAAAGAAAACUGGAUCGAGCGGACAACCAUUGUUACCAAAACAGAUCAUUUGCUAAACAUAGAAUGUGCUAAAGGCAUUGUCAACAACAUAGUAGAAAAUCUUCCAUUGUCGAAAAGCGAGUCAGUCGCUGAAUCGGACAAACCUACGACUGAAAGUGAGGAGGAAGAGGAAGCCUUCUUUGAUGCCAGUGAAGAAACUGACAAAGCCACACCUGACACCCUGGGACAUCCAACUCCAACACCUACCUCUGCUGAUACGUUUCCUGCCCCACAAGACACAGCUGUGUCUGCCAAACAGCAAGUAACUGAUGUUUCUACCGUGUCUGUCCCACAAGGUGCUACUGGGAUACUUGAGGUUAGUAUGGAAUGUACUGAGGAAGAUGUCUUGGCUACAGAAGAACCGAUGGAUUGUGACGAAACAGCAAUGGAGAUAGAUGUAACAGUGAUCAGUAACAAAACCUUGAUUGAGGACAAAGCAACGAGUCCAAAGACGGCCCAGGUAAAUCCUGUCACCGUGGUAACUUCUCCUCCACUACCUUCAUGCGGUGGGGCGUACAAGAUUGACUAUGACAAUUUAGACAGCUUUAAUCCAUUCCAGACAAAGGGUGAUAUAAGCAAUUCACCUGUCCGAACUACUGAAGCGCACAACAAAUCAGCUGCUGGAGAGAAAAUUGAUACUGAACAAGUGCCACUUAAUACAGAUACAGUGGAAAGUGUAUCUGAUUCGCAAGCACCAGAGGGUGUACUAGGCAUAGAGGCUGAGGUUGUUACCGACCUUUUGUCAGAAGUCCUUCCUGAAGUUGAUGGAGAUCAAGUGCAGGGAAUUUACAAUAUAAACUUUGAUGAUAAAACUGACCCAUUUGCAACUAAAUCACAAGUUCAGAAUUCUCCUUCUUCAGUCGACACAUUUGCAGCCAAGUCACAAGUUCAGAAUUCACCUCUAGCAGCGGACCCAUUUGCAACUAAAUCACAAGUUCAAAAUUCUCCUGCAGUGGACCUGUUUGCAACCAAGUCACAAGUUCAGAAUUCUCCACCAGCAGCUGACCCAUUUGCAACCAAGUCACAAAUUCAGAAUUCACCCUCAGCAGCUGACCCAUUUGCAACCAAGUCACAAAUUCAGAAUUCACCCUCAGCAGCUGACCCAUUUGCAACCAAGUCACAAAUUCAGAAUUCACCUCCAGCAGCUGACCCGAUUGCGACCAAGUCACAAGUUCAGAAUUCUCCUCUGGCAGCAGACCCAUUUGCCACUAAUUCACAAGUUCAGAAUUCUCCUCUGGCAGCUGAUCCGUUUGCAACUAAUUCACAAAUUCAGAAUUCACCUCCAGCAGCUGACCCGUUUGCGACCAAGUCACAAGUUCAGAAUUCUCCUCCUUCAGCCGACCAAUUCGCAACCAAGUCACAAGUUCAGAAUUCUCCACCUUCAGCCAACCCAUUAGUAACCAAGUUACAAGCACAUAAUAAUGACAUGAGUACAGACAUAGCUACAGUAUGCGACACACAGUCGUUACCUGUGAAUGGAGAUAUCACAACACCUCAACGACCUAUGAAAAUCGAUAAAGAUGAUCCGUUUUCAACGAAAUCAAAAGUUGCGAACUCACCAUUACAAGCUUCGGUACUGAAUAAUUCAAAUCCCUUUGCUACUAAAUCAAAUGUGUGUAACUCUCCGAUACAGCCACCAAAUGAAGAAAAAAUGACCUUGACCGUACCAACGGUGCCUGAUUCAUCCACCCUGAACAGUUAUAACCCUGUGGCCAGCCUAACUUCUGAGGGAUCAGUAAUCACUCCUAAAAAGUCACUAAGUAUUGAAGAAGACACUUUAUCAGUGCAGUCAAAAAUGGCAAACUCACCUCCCAGCAAAAACCCAGCACCUGCCACAGAAACAGCAUUGGUACUAGAAAAUGACCCCUUCACCACAAAAUCCAAGGUGCCUAACUCCCCUGCACCUUCAGCAACAGUGAAAAUAGAUGCUUUGACAGAUCUAGACCCCUUUACUACAAAAUCCAAAGUCCCAAAUUCCCCUCCACCUUCAGUGACGUCAACAGAAGAUCCUUUGAUAGACCCCUUUACCACAAAAUCUAAGGUGCCUAAUUCUCCAAUAUCUUCAGAGACAGUGAAGAAAGAUUCUAUGGAAGAUUUAGACUCCUUUACCACAAAAUCCAAGGUGCCUAACUCUCCGAUAUCUUCAGAAACAGUGAAGAAAGAUUCUAUGGAGGAUCUAGACCCCUUCAACACAAAAUCUAAGGUGCCCAAUUCCCUUCCACCUUCAGCGCUAUCGAAAGAGGAACCUUCGUCAGAUCCCUUUACCACAAAAUCCAAGGUGCCUAACUCUCCAAUAUCUUCAGAGACAGUGAAGAAAGAUUUUAUGGAGGAUCUAGACCCCUUCAACACAAAAUCUAAGGUGCCCAAUUCCCCUUCACCUUCAGUGCUAUCAAAAGAGGAACCUAUGUCAGAUCCCUUUACCACAAAAUCCAAGGUGCCUAACUCUCCAAUAUCUUCAGAGACUGUGAAAAAAGAUUUUAUGGAAGAUCUAGACCCCUUUAACACAAAAUCUAAGGUGCCCAAUUCCCCUUCACCUUCAGCGCUAUCAAAAGAGGAACCUAUGUCAGAUCCCUUUACCACAAAAUCCAAGGUGCCUAACUUUCCGAUAUCUUCAGAGACUGUGAAGAAAGAUUUUAUGGAGGAUCUAGACACCUUCAACACAAAAUCUAAGGUGCCCAAUUCCCUUCCCCCUUCAGCGCUAUCGAAAGAGGAACCUUCGUCAGAUCCCUUUACCACAAAAUCCAAGGUGCCUAACUUUCCAAUAUCUUCAGAGACUGUGAAGAAAGAUUUUAUGGAGGAUCUAGACCCCUUCAACACAAAAUCUAAGGUGCCCAAUUCCCCUCCACCUUCAGCGCUAUCAAAAGAGGAACCUAUGUCAGAUCCCUUUACCACAAAAUCCAAGGUGCCUAACUCUCCGAUAUCUGCUGCAACAAUGAAAAAAGAUCCUUUAGCAGAUCUUAACCCCUUUACCACAAAAUCUAAGGUUCCAACUUCUCCGUCACCUCAAGCACCUACAGAAAUUCGAGUAUCAGAUUCCACUGCAGCGACGUCCAAAGUGCCAGAAAUGACGUCACAGACUAAACAGCAAGUAAACCCACCACCAAGUUUAGAAAACAAGUUUCCUGAGGCGGCAUUUCAAAACAUUGCUAGCAGGAACACAUUGCCGGAGAGUGCAUCGAACGUCCCUGACUUUUCAGAUGAAGAGUUCCGACCAGCAACAGACUGCAUAUUCAACGAUUCUUCAUUCUUGGAUGUGUUGGAGAAGUUUGGUAGCAGCAACUCAGAAAGCAAGAUGUCCGACCUCUCCCGGAUGUCCCUGUAUGUCAAGUUUGAUCCCCUGGUCAACCUCCCAGCUUCUGAUCCACGUCGUGCAAGUAUGAACCUGUACAAGCGAGCCAGUAUUAUGAAUAUGCCUAGGAAAAGUCUAUCUGGAAAAAGUCUUUCUGAAGUGUGUAACGCUGAGGAGAGCAUGUUACUGAUGGGUACGCCUCCUAAACAGAUGUCGCAGCGUCUCACUAAUGUAGCCAGUCGUAUCCAUCACACUGGUUUCACACCUGGGAGUACACCAACCACUCCAAAGGCCUUCAAACCCCAACUGGACCUUCUGUGUGCCAAUACACCCCCUCGUAGUGUCAAAAAGUCAACUACACCUGCCCCGGUAAAGGUGAACUCCAAUCUUCCUGAGGAUCCCUCAGACAAUUUAGCCGCUAGCACUGACGACAACAUCAUAGAGGUGUUGCAGUACACAGACAAGGACAUGUGUGAGGUGAAGUCGUCCCUGUUCCUGGAAUUCCAGGGCCAGAAGUUGUUACUGGAGCGCGAGUGGACCAAGGUGGUCGACAAGCUCAAGGCCAAGAUAGAGGAACAGAACAGGACACUGGCAAAGAAGCAGGCAGAUAUAGAACUAAUGGGGAACAUUUCAAAGGAGUUAGAAAUAGUGGUGGAAGGACUGAUUCAGGAAAAAGAAAAAGAGAAAGACCUCACCGUUGAACUAAAAAAGGACAGGGAACAGGCUGUACAAGAUACACAAUCGUUAGAAAAGGCGUUUUCUGAGCUCCAUCGGCGAAACGAGAAACUGAAGGAAACCUUGAGUGGCCAUGUAAAGAAUCAAGAAACACUUACAGCACAUGCCAAGGAAUUACAGAAAAGUCUGACUGCUGUUAAAACGGAGAGUAAGGAGAAAAUCGUGGAACUUACACAACAAUUAUCAAAAGUGAAGUCUGACCUGAGUCUAAUAACAACAUCAUCAGAGGCAAGGACCAAGAGAGACAAAAUGCAGAUAGAGAGUCUGCAGAAAACUGUGGAUCAGAAGAUGUCUGAAAACAAGGAACUGGCCCAGAUGUGUGACGAACUACUGGCUAAAGUUUCUAAAUAAGACUGCGAAUCUGGUUGUCAAGACCAGAGUUAAUUUAUAAUUUCAACCUAAAUGGUCUACAGUCUAUAUGUGCUCGAUGUUCUUAACAGUGCAAACAGGGAACUGAUCCAAAUGUGUGACAAACUACUGGCUAAAGUUUCUAAAUAAGACUCCGAAUCUGGUUCUCAAGACCAGAGUAAAGUUACAUGUUCUAAACAGUGCAAACAGGGAACUGAUCCAGAUGUGACAUUCUGCUAUGUCUGGCUUACAGACGAGGAUUGUCCAUAACCCUAGUUUAAAUACCUAGACAUCCAGAUAUAUUUUUAUAACCUUGGUUUACAGGUUAACAUGUUCAUAUAUGGAUUCUGUAGCUUAAGCGUAUGGGCUGGGAUCUCCAGAUAGAUCAGUAUACAGCCUAGAAUAUCUAGGUAAAUAACCAUGGUCAGCAUGCUUGGAUAUCCAGAUUGACUAUAACCCUGGUUUACAAGCCGAGAUGUCCAUUGAGGCUUCAGAUAGACUAUAAUCCUGGAUUACAGGCAGAUAUCUAGAUUUCAUAUGUAUGUACCAGUUCACAGUUUGAUUAUUCUUCAUUUGUUAUGUUCUUAUAUGUUCUGUUAUUCUUUAUCAACUUUCUAUAGAACUUUCCUUCUCGUCUGUCAUCUUCUCUACCUUUCCUCCUUUCUGUACUUUUGUAUUGUCAUGUACAAAAAACUGCCUUUUAUGUACAAAAUAUAGUAUUUAAUACUGUCAGAAUGUGCUAUUGAGAUUUGAUUCUUUUUACAUAGUGUAUACAGAAAUUGUUUUAUAUUGAUUAUGAAGAAAAAAAACUUGCCCGGGUAUUCAACUGUCUCGUCCUUGGUCUCUUUGUACAUCGAUGUGAUAUAAAUGUUCCUUUAUCUCAUGUGUUAAGUAUUUAAUGGAUCUGAUUACUGAAUGAAGAUUUUAGUAUAGAUACAUUUCUUGCCUUCUAAUGAGACAGAAUCGUCUAGCAACCUGAAAAAUCUAUCCAGCCCCAGAAACACAGCAUACCACAUACAGUGAUAUUUCAUCCACAAUAGAAUCACACUCAUAAUGUCAUCAGAGACAUUACUUCAUCUGCAUUUAUAUUUUGCAAGUCAUAGGCAAGAAAUAUAAUCAUCACUAAUUUGGUUGUUUCUGAUAUGUCCUACAGAAUCAAAUAUUUUUGCAGGAAACUCUAAAAAAUUUGGUCUUAAAACUAUUUGAUCCUUAGCUGCUGAGUUAUUUAUAUCUCUCACUAAUGAUAGAUUCUAUUAGUAAUAGUUAUACCAUAUUGAUGAAAUCAUAUCGCAACUGUGAAGUAUCUACGUAGAAGUGGGUUUUCCUUUGCGUUUAUUAACACCAUAGAACUGCAUUAUUUCCAUUUAACAGAAUUUAGUUCUGUUUUGUUACUUUUUUCAUGGAUUGUUAUAUUCAUCAUAUGCAUGUAUUAAGUCAAAUACUGUAUAGAUAAGCCGAUUAUUUUCAUUGACAGUAGAAUUUUUGUAUAGGAAGUAUCAACUUGAAAGUUAAAAUAUUUUAUUGCCAUUGUCACCAUUAUGAAACAUAUUUUUUAUUGAAGUCUUUUUCUACACAAGUAAUUGUUUCAAAUAAAAACCCAACAAAUAUCCUUUGCUAUUCCUACACUUUGCCGAUGUUGCUUUCAAGGAAUUAUAAAAGCCUAUCAUCAAAAUGAAAGAUGAAUACCAUGACAAGGGAUGUAACUCUAAGUAGGAUUUUUUUUAUUUUAUUUUUGUCUAUAUAUAUAUUAAAGGGAGAAUAAUCUUAAGUAAAAAACAGAACCAGCAGUGAAUUGAGAUUUAUUUCACAAUUAUAUCUAGUGCAGUGGUACCGUUCACAAGAAAACACCAUUUGGGUAGUGGGACGGUCAGAUAAGUGGUAGCUGUCCUGGAUAAACAAGGUUGGACUACCAAGUAUAUCGAUAAGUGUGCUACAGUAUUGUGAUAACCUAGAUCAUAUAUAUAUAUACAUUUGUUUGUUUAAGGUUUUCUGUUGUCUUUUAUGUAUGUGUGCAUGUUAUCGAUCAUGGUAUAGAAAGGACAGAAAUUGUUAUACAGGAAUUAUCUGUGUCUAGCUCUGUACAGUUCUUUAUAUAUAUAUACCAUACGUUCACAAUUUGCCCCCUUUUCUUUCAUAUUAAUAAAAUGCAGA